GACUGCUGAAGAAGUACCUACCUACAUGUGUAUUGGAACAAGGAUGUUACUCUCAAAAUGUUUUCCUAAUUAAAAAAGACGUUCAAAAAUUAUUUAUAAACUUAAUCAGAAUUGAAUAUUUACGUAUAUUGAACUGCAAAUACCUGUGCUUCUGAAAAAUGUAUCAAGAACUAAGUGAUCUGGAUCAAGAUGCGGAAAAAUAUGAAAAUAUCAAAAUGGAAGAUAUUUUCCACUGGUGCAGGGAAGGAAAUGUUAUGCAGGUUCGUGUUUGGUUAGAUGACACGGAGCAUGACAUGAAUCAAGGUGAUGACCAUGGAUUCAGUCCUCUGCAUUGGGCUAGCAAGAAAGGACACCUGAAAAUAGUUGAACUAUUGCUGCAAAGAGGAGCUCGUGUCAAUGCUACCAACAGGGGCGAUGACACCCCUUUACAUCUAGCUGCAGCCCAUAAUCAUAGGGACAUAGUUCGUCUUUUGCUUCGAAACCGUGCGGACAUAAACUUUACCAACGAGCAUGGUAAUACGCCGCUGCAUUACGCGUGUUUCUGGGGCUGCCAGCCAAUAGCAGAGGAUCUGAUCGGUCACGGUGCUCAUGCCUCACUGGCCAACAAGGAUGGAGAUACGCCCCUCGAUAAAGCAAGGGGACCACUUGCCAAGCGACUAGAAGAUUUAGCAUUGGAAUCGGGCCAAGAUUUGAAGAAAGUGAAUUUCAAAGAUCAGAGCUGGCUUGGACUGAAAACGAGAAGUCGUGAUGCAACACUAUCGCGCCACAAGGGCAUCAACAUCGCCGACCUGUCGCUGCACACGCGAAUCGCGGCCACACCCAGCGGAGAGACGUGGCGCGGUCGCUGGCAGAAGAACGAGAUUGUCGCCAAGAUACUCGCCGUCAGGGAGUGCACGCCGCGCGUCUCAAGGGACUUCAACGAGGAGUUCCCCAAGCUCAGGAUCUUCUCGCACCCGAACGUACUGCCGGUGAUAGGGUGCUGCAACUCGCCACCCAACCUGGUGGUGAUCAACCAGCAUAUGCCUUGGGGCUCCCUCUACCAGCUGCUGCAUGAGGGCACCGGCGUCGUCGUCGACUCGGCUCAGGCGCUACGCUUUGCUGUCGACGUCGCGCGUGGCAUGGCCUUCUUGCACAGUCUCGAACGCAUCACGCCCAGAUAUCAUCUCAACAGUCGUCAUGUCAUGAUUGAUGAAGAUCUGACCGCGAGAAUAAACAUGGCUGACGCAAAAUUCUCCUUCCAAGAAAAAGGCCGCAUCUAUUAUCCAGCUUGCAGGUGGCUUCUCAGUAUUGGCUCGGUGGCUGCAGAGGCUCUGUUGCUGUCUCCUUAUGUCUAGUGAUAUUGCUCCUGAUAGUCCGUUUCUUACCUAUUCGUUUUGUUUUUUUCUUCUCCUUCAACCACAGGUACCGUUCUUUUCAUUUCUAUUUUGAUUGUAUGAUGCCUCAAAUGCCGCAAAUUAAUUAAUUUUUUUUCUAGAUCAAGUCACUUAGUUAAACUAUUAUUUUUGCUUAUAAUUUACAAUUUCAUUAUUUUAUUAGUAUUUUUAGUAACUAGAUUUUUUAUAGUAUCUAGUAUCAAUAAAGUUUAAUUUAUUAUUUUUCUUAUCGAUUGUCAGAAGACUUCUUCAUGCACACGGACUUAUCGUCCAAGCAUGGAGUUAUUCAUUUACUUUUUACUUGUUGUUCAUAUUAAUGUUACAAUCUAAUGUAUCGCAUUUACUUUGUUUUUACUUACUAUGUAAUGUAUAAAGUUUUGAAUAAAUUGAAUUGAAUACUUGAUUUAAAAUUUUCUUUCUGAAUAAAUAUAUAAUGUUUAAUUAUUUCCUAAUGAGAAACAGGAACUAGCCUAUACCUGAAAUAACAUCCAGGUUACAAGAAAUGAUAACUUUGACCUUCCCAGAAUUCGUCCAUCCUCAGGUCCUCACAAAAAUGCUUCAGUUAGUCUACUUAUAUACAGAUGGAAAUUAAUAAGAAAUUGCAUUUAUUCAAAUGAAUAUUUUAUUAUUAAACUAAAAUCCAAAUUAAAUGUAGCUAGCUCUCAUCUCUAAAAAUAGUAGCUACUUCAUAAUUAACCACAUCUCCUCCUUCAAUAACAUCCAAGCAAUACUCGCAAAACACGUGUAAAUUAUUUUGAAUAGAUUAUUUCUAUGAAACACACUGUAUAGUAGAAGUCGUAGACAAAUAGUGCAUGCAACGGUUUUAUUCUAUCGAUAAAGCAGUCGUAAGAUAUAUAAGACACUCGUGCUUUAGAGACUCAUUAUAAAACCGUUACAUAAACUACUAUUAAUCAAUUAGACCGAGAUCCUCCACUCUUCAAUUUAUGUUGGCUGUUUUUUUCUAUUCAGGUGGCACUGGAAGGAUUGCGUAUUACAAUUCCACCCGGAAUCUCGUCUCAUCUGGCCAAGCUGAUACGUAUUUGCAUGAACGAGGAUCCCGGAAAACGACCGACUUUCGACAUGGUUCUUCCUAUUCUUGACAAAAUGAAGCGGUGAACUUCCACCGUAAUCAAUAACUAACCCUAUUUUGAUUUUAUUCAGUUGAAAACGCUAUUUUAACUCUUCUUACUCCUUGAAGGUAAGGAAUAACAAUCUCACGCUGCCACAUUUGAAUUCGAGUUAUAAUAUUAUUAAACAAUUACUCUUAAUAUAACAAUUACUCUUUAUUCAUAAUUUAAAAUAUGAUUUUUAAGUAAUUCGUUACUGAAAACCCUCAUUUUGUUUUUAUGUUACUGAAAUACGCUAUUCCAAUAUCAUCUACUUCUUGAAGAUAAGUUACUAUUCAACUUAUCUUCCUAUUCGAAUUAGUUAUUAUUCAAAAUAUGAGAAGUGUCUAAUCCGCUAAGUUUCUUCCGAUUUAGAUUCAGAGAUAUCUUAAGCUGCGUUUACACCAAAGUUAUUAACAAAAUGUUCAUAAUCCUCAUAGAUUCUAUUAGAUGGAUCAUACCUUAUCAUACACACAUGCUGAUGAACAUAUGUGUUUGUCAAGUUCCGUUCAAUCUAAUAGAAUCUUCAAGGACUAAGAUAUUAACAUUUUGUUAAUAACUUUGGUGUAAACGCAGCUUUAGUUGUUUACAUUGAUUUAAUGAUUAUCGAUCGAUAAGAGUGGUAUCAAUGAUUAAAUUUUUUGUAAUUUUAUUGUAUUUGUGCGAUUUGUUUUACAAUACAAACUAAUAUAUAGUAGGUUUUUUAAUAUCGAUAUCUUAUGUUUAAUUUAUUUCUACUUUAAUUCGAAUAGGGAAGAUUUUAUCUCAUUCGAGUAGAAAACUUGGAAGAAACUAAUAUUUAAGCUAAAUUUCAGCUGUUGCACAAACCAAAUUCAAGUUCCAAUAUUUCUUUCAAGUACAGAUACUUGAAUAAUCUUAUUGAAUAAUUAAUUAAUAUUGCACAAUUUUUUAUAAUUGAAUAUUAGUGUUCAACAGCCACAACUUAUUUUGAUUGGCAUGUCGUUUCUAUGUAAUUAUUUUUUAAUACAUCUGUUUACUAAUUCAAGCCAAAGUGUCAUUUUUCAAUUUGUCCGAACUAUUGAACAGUUUCGGGACUAGUUGCAUACAAAUUGCCAAGUUCAAACUGUUUGAGUCAAUUGUCAAUUUUGUAUAGUUGCACAAGGUCAAUUUUGAUCAAUAAAAAUUAAUAAUCAAUGAUAUUUUUUUAGUAAUUGGUGCGAAUCUAGUAAAGCUAAAGUAGGUUAUUAGCGCUUAUUAAUAACACUUAUGUGGCUUGUAACUUAUAAUGUUGUAAAUAUAUAUUGCUAUGUGUAUGUUGAGAGUCAUGUAAAUAACAAUUAUCUAAAACUAGAAUAUUAAGAAUAUGGAUUUAUUUUUUUUAAUUGAAACUGCUCUCAAAGUCAGUUGCGUACAUUAUUGCCAGCGGCGUAGCAAAGGGGGGGGGGUCUCCAGGUAACAACCUUCCUCCCCAUGAGCCCGAAAAAGAGACCCAAAUAUUCAAGAUAAAUUUCAAUAAAAAUAUUUUUUUAUAGCACUACAGCCCAAUAUGAGCUUUGGCCGCCUCCACUACAGCUCUCCACGCUUCUCGGUCCUCUGUUAAUUUUCUCCAUCUUCUAUAUCCCAUUUUUUGGAGAUCGUCUCUCACUUCAUCUUCCCACCUUAUUCUCGGUCUUCCUCUCUUUCUUCUUGAAUGUAGCCUCUCUUUGAUUAUUAUCUUGGGCAUUCCGUUCUCAUUCAUUCUACAGAUAUGUCCAAACCACCUAAGACGCUACGCCUUUAUAAAUUUUACAAUAUUUCGGCCUUUUAUCAAUGCCUCGAGCUCUGAAUUGGUUCUUCUCCUCCACUCCUCUCCUUCUUCAACUGGACCAUAAAUCUUUCUUAGAAUUUUCCUUUCAAAAACGUCUAGAUGGGCUUUGUUUUCUUUUGUUAACGUCAAAGAUUCACAGCCGUACGUUACAACAGGUCUAAUUAGGCUUUCAUAUAUUUCAAAUUUAGUGUUUCUACAUAUGAGCCUGUUCUUCAAAAGUUUCAUGUUAAUAAAGUAUGCUCUAUUUCCAGCCAAUUCUCUUUGCUUUAUGCUGUAACUCAUCUUGUUUUCGUUAUUCAGUUCAACCCCCAAGUAGCUGAUGUUCCUUACACCUUGAAAUAUGUUAUGACCAAUUCUGAGAUUUCGUCGAACUCUUCUUGUUUGACUCAUUGAUAUUCUCAUAGACCUCGUUCUACUUUCAUUUACCAUCAACCCAAUCUUCUCCGCCUCUCUCUCUCUCUCUCUCUCUCUAGCAAAAAAUACGUUUCAAUAAAAAUAAAGAAUCUAUGAUAAUUUUUUCAGAAAUAGGUGCAAAUCUAAAGUAGCACUUAUGUGGCUUGUAACUUAUAAUGUUAAUGGCACUUCUUAUUCAGUAACGAAAAACAAAAUACUAUUCAUUGUACACAAGUGUAUGUAAAUUUACCCCACCCCCCAUCUCCACAUCAUCAAAUUACAUUAGGUAAAGUCUAUAGGGGGACUAAAUUUUUUAGUCAACCGCCCUCAUUUCAAAAUCAUGGCUACACUACUGAUUAUUGCUAAAAUGUACAUACACUAUUCUGCACAAUGAAUAGUAUUUUGUUUUUCGUUACUGAAUAAGAAGUGCCAUCGAAUUAAUUUUUGGAUUUUUUCAAUGCGCGAGUAUUCAUUAUUAAUUAUUAAAUUCAUUAUCAUUCAAUCAUACACAACCAUUCAUUUUCAAUCCCUCCAAAUUCAAUUGUGACUGGCAUAUUUUUUCCGAUUUGAUUUAAAUUAUUCGAAAUAUUCUUAUGUUCCAAGAAUAUUAAUCUACUCUAACUGUGCUAAUGUUUAGGACGACUAUUUAUUUUCAAUCAUCGCUAUUGUACUUUCUAAGCGUGAAUAUAUUAUAAAUUUAUUGAAAUGAAUAAAUGGUGUUUUUUUAUUAGAUUAAAUAUUUCUAGCUGAGCAUAAUAAGUACCUAAGAGGUAUUUGUAUUGGAUUACUGAGUCAAUUAGUUUCUUCCAGGUGAAAUGAGUAACCAACAAAUUAUUUGUCAUUUAUUGUCAAAACUCGUUGAUCAAUUGUCUUCCUUCAAGAGCAAGCAAUAAAAUGUUUCCGACAGUACUUGAGACAAUAUAUGCAACAAAUGCUAUAAUUAUCUAAUUAGCUUAAUAAAAAUAUUAAUCACUGUUUAUUGCUAACAAUAUGUGUCCUAUAAACAUUUUAGAAAAGUAAUUUUUAGUGUCAGGAAAAUUUCAAUAUGAACUUUUCAUUUUUUAUUCAUAACCUUUUUCAAGUUUUCCCACUUGUUAUAAACAAUAACAACGAGAGUGGUUCAACAAAUACAUAAGUUGCACAAUAAGGCAUGCAUAAAUAUAAAACUUUGCUUAAAUUAGUGUUCCAUCAGAUGUGCUAUUGCAUUUGUGUGCUACUCUUCGACACAAACUUUUUCAAGUGCUUUUGAUGAUUGAUGUGCCUGAAUGAUGAUCUAAUGUCAAUCGAAUUACGUAAUGAAUCUCUUGCAGUUUCAAUUUCAGCGAUUCAGUGAGAAUGUAAUACUAUUAUUAUAUUUGGUUCUCUUGGAGACCUUCAAGCCAUGAAGUUAAUUACGCCAUGUAGUUGGUUUGGUAAAUGAGCAACCUUUUUGAUAUUUAUUCUUCAAGAUAUCCAUGGAUAUAAAAGUCUUCGUUUCUAUUGGACUUCUAAUAAAGGGGUGUUUAAUUGCUAAGCAAAUGCUAAACUAUCAAUUGCUAUUCAGUGGGAACUUAAUACUGCCAAAUGAACUAAUAAUAGGUGCCUUGACUUAUUGCUUUAUUUUUAAGAAACAUUUUAAUUUUUUUAAUAAUAUUGAUGCAAAAAUCAAAUUAUAUUUAGCUUUUCAUAGAAAUAGUGUUUGCUAAUACAGUAUUUAUAUAUUUUUUAAUAUAAAUAUUCGAUUUAUUCACUGUAACGUAAUUUGUAUUUAUCGUAAUUAAUGUAUAGUUAAGCGCUCAGAUGAUUAUUAUUAAUAUAUAAGUUGGUGUAUUAUGUUAUCUAACGUACAAUAUUCAUUGUAAGUUAUAACGUACAAUAUUCAUUGUAAGUUAACUGUAAUAAAGUGUAUUAAUAUUCAAUAAUGAUUGAUUGAUAUGAUUCUAGCUAAAUCAGUAAGUAUAUUUAGGAAAAAUAUAGGUGAUAAAGAUGUUUUUAAUAUCGAUCGAGCAACUAUUAAUGUAGAUUCCAAUGAUUAUCCAUUGAAUUUCAAAAUUUAAAAUAUACAAAUUGGAAUGCAACUUCAAUGGAACAAUCGGUUUUUAUAUGUAUGCAACGUAUAGUUGUUUAUGCAAUUCUCCAAUAUUUUAAUGUUCAUAAAAUAUUCAUAUUGUUGAUUAUAUUAAUCAAAUAAUAUUAUUCCACUGAUUCCAAGUGCCUAAAGCAAUACUGUUGAAGCUUGUAAAAAACAAACUUAAUUUUUAGUUUAUGAAUUCAGUAAUGCUCCUGUUAACUCAAUGUAAAUUGUAGAGCAAAUUCACCCAGAAAUGUUCUAGAGAAUGGAGCUGCUUUGAAAAAGUUAUUGUCAUAUAUUGAGAAGGUUAUUGUCGUAUAUUGAGAAGGUUAUUUCAUAUUUUCAAAAGUUAUCAGUUUCUCUUCAUUCCAACUAAACGGCAAUAUUUAUUUUAUUUUUUUGGCGCCUAACUUUUGAUAUUCUGGGGACCAAUCCAUUAUUUUUAUCAAAUCAAUAGACUUUUGAUUGAUAAAAAAAGUAAUAACUGCCGUGCUACCAAAUUUAUCCAAUUGGUUUGAUAGCUUUCACCCAUUACCUAAGGAAAGUUAUCAGUUCCAAAUAUGCUAAUAUCUUGAUAAAUCAUGAAUGGAUCUAAUGCCUAUGAAUAAGAAAUCCAGUUCAGAGCAAAUUAAAUUAUAAUUUUCAAAAUGAUUUAAAAAUUUCAGUUUACACCAGAACAAAUAAUCAUACAUGGAUUGAACAUAGAUUGAACAUGAUUGAGGUUACAAAUAUGUUUGAUACUUUCAUCAAAAUAGAUUCAAAAGCUUUCACAAAAACUCAGAAAUUAUUGUUUCAAAUCAAGAUCAAAAUACACAACUUAUAAAUUAAUUGUACUUAUCAUUAGUUUACAGGUUUCAAGGCAGGCUAAAGGCUUUCAACAUUAAACGAAAAUUUUAACACAAAAUGAAAAGAAAAAUUGAAAUCUACAUUUCACAUAUUUUCAAUGACAUCAAUAAACUUUAUAAAAACAUUUAGGUCGCAAAUAAAACAUCUUAAAUUUCAAUUAUUUACAAAAACUUUCAACAGCAGACAAAAACACUCCUAACAUUAGCCAGCCUUUAACAAUUUUGAUACAAACGCCUGAGCAAAUUACCUGAAGUAAAUGCCUAGAGCUUCAAAGCAAGACAAGUCAUCAUAUUGCCAACUAAUAAAGAAUACAAGUUUACAAACAUUAUAUCUAUUGUUUUCAAUAAAACUUUAUUUUUAAAGUCAUUUUAAAUUUAUUCAACCUUUAUGUUGUUUAGAAUUAUCUGUUACGGUAAUUCAGAAAUAGAACUUCGUCAAAGUGAGUUGUUCAACAUUUGAGUAGCUGAUCAAUUUCCGGUGAAAAGUUAAGUCCGCAUAUCGAUUACACCGAUAUUUGCUAUCAAAUUUUAUUAAUAUUUUGAAUAUCGAAUUGAAGAUUCAAUUUUAAUCGAGAAAAUGUAGUAUUACAUAACUCAUUGGAAAAAUACCAAUUUUGGAUAAAACUCAUUGCAAAAAGAUUACCUUUCAAUGAACAUAGUCUUUAUAAUAUGCAAGUGCUUACUGAUACUGUGAAUAAGCUCACUGUGCCUGAUUAUAGUAGGAUAUCUUAUGUCACAAGAACGGGAAGGGGCCUUUUGCAGGCGAGAAUGAUGAUUAUAGUCGAGGCGUUGUUUUGUGGAAGUUGAAAAAACUACCACCUGGAGCGCUGAAGGUGGUUUUUUGUAGCAGUUUUGCUGUUCCUAUUUCGGAACUAGGAAACAUACUCGACUGUAAAGAAAUCAUAUGGUUUCAUUACAGUAGAAUAUGCUGUAAUGAGAAUCAUAUGUUUAUUUGUUCUGCAAACAGCUGUUUACCGGCUUGAUUUAAUGCAUGGAAAGCAGCUGAGAUUGAAUGACUAUGACAAAAAAUUCAAUACAGUAUACAAAUUAAUUCUGAAUUAAUAGGUGGGAUUUCAUCUCAAUUGUUACAAAUAUUAUUUAUGCAUUAUUUCUGUACUAAUUCAGUUUUCUUCAAAAUAACAUGUGAAUUUUAUGCUCAUGACAUCAUCAUUACAACAUCUCUGACAACAAUUCUGAAUAUGGUAUAUAAAAUACCAUCUGUACGUUCUAGUUGUUAUAUUGUUGUAUAUAACAUCAUUGUAAUUUUUUCAUUGAUGCCAUAGAGAUAUCAUGUAGUAGGAAAUGCUUAUUUUAGGUUGUCACUUUCUAUUACAGGCUUCUAUUUUAUCAAUAUUGUUUAUAAGUUGAUUUUCUCGCAAAUUUGCAGUUCAAUUCUGAGUAGGUAGCUGCUAUAUUUAGUUGAAAAAAGUGUUAGAAGCUAUUGGAAUUUAAAUGAAGUUUAAAUAAUGUACUUUAACUGCUAAAUACUGUAUAAUAAUAAUACACAACUCCUUAUGUAGAGAUUACAGAUAAUUUAUUAUUUUGAUUAUUCAUUGAUGUUGGAAUAGUCUGAUAGUUUAUCAAUUAAUCUUUAUAGAUGCGUAGCCUAUGUUGUGUUAGAUCUAUUAUAACGUUUCUAUUCAAAUGUAUAAUUAUUUCGAAUAAUAAAUAGUUUAACCCAAA